GUGUGUACCACAUGGUAUCUAGCAUCAUCGAUGAGCCUGCCCCCUAUCAUUAAUAGGUUUCCUGUGUAUUGUAUAUAUGCAUAGCUAAGUGUGUAAAGGUAAACAAAAAAAGAGUAUUGCCCUGGGGCCCUGACCGGACGAGUUGUCGCGUCAUUAACGGUCACUAUUGCCGUUUAAACCCUCUGUACAACAGAACUAGAACGUUCCAAAAACCGAACCAUUACCUAACGGGAUUAUGUUUGGAUUGUUACAUCCAUGGACAACUUCAAAGCUCCAUCACUUGAUUCACUACCAGAGACUGGAGGGGCUCGAUGUUGAUGGACACGUGCCGUGACAGAUAGAAUUCAAUACCACCAGUAUAUAUGGAGUAUCGAUGGCAGCAUGGCUAUAUGAACAUUGACCACUUUGUAAAAAUAUCCACUUUUAUUGGCGAACACAAGAUUACAAAGCAUGACAUCCAAUGGCGUUCCUGUCCUAGUAUCGAUGUUUAUUGUCACGUGUGUGACAUCGCAGGUAUUUGAUUGGCUAAAACAUGACAAGUUUGAUGACUUGGACGACAAGAUGGUAGCAGUUCACCAUGACAACUGUAGAGCCAAAGCGAAAUCCGACAUGUUGUUUCCUACCGAUACAGUUUCUCAAAUACCGAAAUUCAAUAACCUAAAACAUCGUAUAUUCUACAAAAACCGAACAAGCUUAGUCCAUCUACACAAUAUGGCAUUAAACAGGGCAUUCUUCUUCAGUUACAUUCUACAAAAGAUGAACACGUCUGAUUUCUUCUCCAUUCAACCCAACAUUCAUUAUCUCUACAUGUCUGUUACCGCUGACAUCAACGCAAACCCUUCCGGUAUAAACGGAAGUGGUGUAUACUUUGAUUACGACUGCUACUAUCCUAACUGGUUCACGGAACUCGACUUCAACGUGACGAUCCCAUUGUUUGCUCCCCGAGCUUGGCGCUGGGAUGAUACGAUGGACUCAGAUAACUACCUCCGAGAACCGACACGGAAAGUGGCAUUCGUUGACGACAUUGGCGCUGGAAACGGAAACAAUUACACGAGCGACUCCUUUAAGAUGAACCCAUGGUAUAAUAUGUGGCUUCCGGAUAACGAUCCUUUUUUGGAUUCCGCAAAUAAAUUCACUUACGGAACUGGAAUAAAGUAUUCAAAUAUGACAGGGAAAUUUACACACAAUGAAUAUGAGCUUUUUAAUUUCUUUGGUCCAAACUCGCCUGGACAAGAUAUGAAGGACGAUACUUUACUUCCGGUUCGGUUCACGCGCCCAUACUUCGACUGUAACAGGUCUAACAAAUGGGUCGUGAGUGCCGUGUCUCCUGUGGUAGAUUACAUGCCUAGAUAUCUCAACUGGACGCACAUGCGAAGACCACGGUUUGUAGGAGUAAUAGUGAUGGACAUUGAUUUCAAGGAGGUCGAUUUCAAUCCGUGCACAGUUGGUGUCGGUAACCCGGGGCCCAGCCACCUGGCAGGGAUAGCCAAGUGUAGAGACACCACUAGGUGUAAACACCGAUCAGGACUAGGAUUCCGGCGGGAUAGCUACACGUGUUCCUGUAGGUCGGGGUACUACCUGCCCCCGUCCUUCCGAAGGAACUACAAGGGACAUAGCAUAGAACAGGCGACGUACGACGAGUAUAUGUCCAGCUUCACGUGUCUUCCAACCAAAUAUCUACACGUGUUACCUAUUGUAGAACAGACUCGACGACCUGUAUCUAAAGACACUGCAAAUAGCAGUUCAUCACAGGGCUAUUCGAACGGAAAGAUGGUGAGGAGGCGUAAACGAUCUGCUGUCCAUUUACAAUUCAAACAAUCAUCAUAUGAUAAGAUGAUACGAAUAUUCCGACAUAUAAAGAUGGUCACCUCUGCCAACUGUAAGACUCUAUCGGAUAAUGCUCUCCAUCUUUCUGGAGAUGUAGCGUAUGGCGUAGAUACCCAGUUUGAAUUACAGGGCCGAACCGCCUUGCGUUUGGCACAUUUUCUCAGUAACUUUCACCAGAACACGGGUCCACAUGAACAAUUUGGAUGGAUAAGAGGUGGUGGGCGAUUACACCAGGAACAUCUCUUUGGAGAAGUGUUCGCAAACGUGAUGGCUGAUCAUAAAAUUCUUGCAUCUGCGGUUUAUUAUGAUCCCUAUAUGUUUGAAAAUACGGAUGGCUCAAAGAAGAAAUUUUUCGGGCCACUUGCUUUCCAAAAGAAAGGUGUGACUUACGCCAUCGACUCUGCUGGUUUACAAAGACUGUAUGUAGACGAGCAAUGGUACAGACGCGCCCGGGAACGCUGGAGUACAAACACGGGGUCGCUUAAAACCUACAAAAUGAGACCAAUGGUGAGGAGGGACAGAAAGGGAAGUAGUUCAGUUAAGUUUGAAUACUUUCCUAUUAUGUAUCGAGCGUCAGACUACGCGGACGGAAACUGGAUCGGACCAACGUUUAAAUGUGACGGGAACAUUGAUGCUUGGGUUAUCACAUAUGUUACGCCUUUCUUUAAAAUUGAACACUCGACCAAAAAACUCCAGUUUGCUGGAGUGGUGACUGUUGAUGUCCCGUUGACCCUCCUGGAUAUCAACCAAUGUCCACAGCCCUUCUACGUGGCCAACGCUUUCAAGAAUACAGCAAGAUGUCAAACCCGGUCUACAAAGUGUCGCCCUAUUGUUGGUUAUGGUAUGACCAGGGGGUCGUACCGCUGUGACUGUCGGGCUGGGUUUGAGUACCCAUUUAAGGACCAAAAGAGAUGGUUCGAGGGGCACAUGGUGGAUCGAGAGUAUGAGAAGAAACAACAAGGAAUAUAUAGUCGGUUUGACACCCUCGCUUGUCGGGUCUCCUGCGGAAGAUCUUUGAUUCCACAUCCACUAUCGCUCGUCGUGGCUUUAGUUGUCAUCAAACUUUUCUACAACUAGUCUGUACAGGAAAACAUUUUCAUAUUUACAAAGUCUGUAAAUGUUUCGUAUCGUAUAUAUACUGAUGUAUAGUUAUAUAUAUAUAAACUGCAGCUUACCGACCGUUACUUACGUUCAUCAUGUCCCGGUCAAUAGAGCCUUGCUCAUUUUUUUUACUGAUUUAUUUUAUUUAUGUUUUUUACUGCUUUUGUUUUAUUGGAAAAACUCUAAAUAAAUGUG